AUGUCUAACAACGAAAUUAAACAAUCUGAAAAUUUACAUAACUUUUCUUGUCUUUCUUGUUAUGAUCAUAUCUAUGAUCUCACCAUAAAAAUCGAAGAAAGAGAAGAAUUCAUCACUAAACUUCAGGCUUUUUUUCGUAAAAAAUUGGAUAUCGAAUACGUAAAUCUUUACUCGGAAUUUAUGCAAAAAUUUAUAAAACUUGAAAAAUUCAACAUUGACAUUGAUAAAAAUAAUUUUACAUAUUCUGAUUACGUUGAUGACCUCUAUUUAAAAAUCGAAGAAGCAGAAUAUUUUAUCUCGGAAUUUGAAAUGUUUUUCUAUGAUAAUUUGGGAAUCGAAUACAUGAAUCUUUUUUCAGAAUUCAUGGAAGAAGAAAAUGAACGUAUUAAAAACGAAUUAAUUUCUUUUUACGAAAAUGAAAUAUCUGAUUUAAAUAUCGAAAACUUGGAAAUAAUGUAUCUCAAUAUUCCAUCAAAUGAUAAUUAA